AUGACAAAUCAUAUUGUUGACGGUAUCAGUGUGAGUUAUUUCCAGGGAAUCUAUCGUUGUCUCCCUAUUAUCUCGCGCAAACGCUUUCAUGAUUAUCUCAUCCAUGUCGGCACAUCCCCUCCAGCAAGCUUCUCAGUUCUUCUGCCCAAUAUCUGCCUAGUGAUGUGCCAUCCUGAGAUACUGCCCCAAACCCCGCAACAUAUUAGCCGCGUGUCCCUCUACAUUACUGUCAAGUUGCUCUUCACUCAGGCCGUGUUCUUUUGCGAGCUAUCCACACGAGAUCAGCCUUUUACGACUGAUAUCUUCGGUCAUUUCCAAUUAACAAUAUCUGAGGACAUUGAUCAAGAUGACAGCAUGUCGCGGUUCCAAGCAGCUGUAGAAUCAAUCGAGAUGAAAGGCCUUGGGUACUCUGCCCAAGCAGCGUGGCUCUUGGACCAAGUUUUGAAGGCUACCAAACACCCGAAUGCGAGUACACAAUUAAACCAACUCGAUGAGCUUGGUCCUUUAUUGCAAGCCUUGCUGGGGUCUCUGUUGGAACAAUAUUAG